AUGACAUAUGAACAAUACCGAGGUUUCCUGCUAUACAAAUGGCCAUGUGUUGGUCAAGGGCCAUUGCUGGACAUUCUAGCUGGCUCUGCAGCUAGUGCAACAGCAUUUUUGUGCACUUAUCCCUUGGAUUUGGCUCGAACCAAGUAUGCAUAUCAGGUGGUGAACCGACGCCAAAAUCUUGGUGACAGUCAUAGAUGUACCCAUUCUGGUCUUCCUGCACAUCGAAGGAUAAGAGACGUAUUCAAGGCGGUCUAUAAACAAGGCGGAAUGUCCGGGUUCUAUCGAGGUGUAGGUCCUACACUAGGGGGAAUCCUUCCUUACAAUGUUCUAAAGUUCUAUUCUAAUGAGGAGCUCAAAAAAUGGGUUCCCAAAGAAGAUCAAAGCUCCAUGGCAUUGAAUCUUUCGUGCGGAGCAUUGGCUGGCUUGGUUGGACAAACUAUAAUAUAUCCAUUGGAUGUUGUUCGGAGACAAAUGCAGGUUGACAUUCGGAACCAGAAUGGUAUAAGAUACAAAAACAGCAUUGAAACUUUUAAAUCCAUUGUCCAUGAUCAAGGAUGGAGACAAUUGUAUGCAGGUUUAUGCAUUAACUAUAUAAAGGUUGUUCCAUCACUAGCAAUUGGUCUGACCGCGUUCGAUGUUGUUAGCCAACGACUGCGUUUCCCCCAGUAG